AAAAAAAAAAAAAAGAACAAAAUAGAAGCCAAAAAAGUGCUGAUCGAAACGUUUUUAUUUUUGAUGAGCUCCAUGGGCCUUCCUCUCAGUGAAACCCGCUCGAGGAAAAUGGACGCCACAAGCCGGCGAGGAGUCACAGUCGUACAAGACUCGCUUUCUCAACUUCCCAUUUCAAAACAGCUCAAGGAUGGGGACAUUAUCCUGCUCCUGACGCCCGGUGUUGCCCCGGAAGUGAGUCCGUUGAACUACGAUGUCACGAAGCCACCGAGCGACCCCUUUGAACCUCUAGGGAAGGCUCUAGCCAAGCGCCACCCAUGGGUUCGUCAUGUCCCAUAUCUUCCCCGCAACGGCAUCACAGGAACCCACGUUGUGCACAUCAGAUUAGCGUCUACCGUGAUCUUCGUUAUCUCCGGCCCUCCACGUCACGGCCAGCGCUCGCAGGUCUCUCUAGCCGAGAUUACUCGAUCCGUGUGCGAGCACCGGCCUCAGAUCAUCGUGACCUGCUGCAGCAUUCAAGAGCUGGGUCCAAUCGAGACGGCCUUCCCGACAAUCCUAGAGCUGCCUAGCUUUGCACCGUCUGAUAUGGAAGCUGCCGCGCAACUCAUGUUUUCCGAGCCGAGGAAACGAAGCACCACAGAGCCGAACCUGCACAAUCUCAUCCUGGCCCCCAAGGCGUGGCCUGUCGAACGUUGGGACGGGAAUCGCGACAUAUCGGCAACAUUCGACCUGUGGCGUCAGUGUCUCCCCGAGGCGUUCCACCUUGGCCGCUACCAACUUGAAUCGCUGCUUCGCCGCGACGGAUACGCCAUGCAUUACGUUGUUCGAGAACCAGGGACUUCCGAGCUUCUCGGCUUCUGUGCAACAUACACCACCUAUGCUGAUAGCGGAGGCGAGCGUUUGAUCGGUUCCGUGGGAGCGCUCCUCGUGCGUCCGUCUUACCGGCAGCGAGGGAUUGGCUUGAGCCUGCACGAUCAUGCUUUGCGCCAACUGACCAAGACUCGCGGCGUUUGCCGACUGCAGCUGGGAAGCACAUUUCCUCGACUUCUCUAUGGACUGCCGGCCGACACGCCCUGGGAAGAUUGGUUUCGGCGGCGUGGCUGGACGAUUGAGCCCCCGCCAGCAGCACCAGGCAGGGGACUGGAAGCUUGCGAUUGGUUUUUGAGGUUCAGGGAUUGGCCCGCGACCGGUCUGACACCAUCGGGCUUAAGCUUCCGGCCUUGCGAGUUCGCCGAAUUUGACAUGGUGCUGGAAUUUGUCGAACAUGAGUCGAAAAGAAAGGACAACGUAGGCUGGUACGAUCAGUAUGCCAAGCUCGCGAACACGAUGAACAUCAGAGACAUUAUCGUCGGUGUCGAGGGAGACAAUAUUGUCGCAGCAGCCUUAACAUACUGGGGAAACACUGGCAGUCCCGUGGCGGAAGAUCUUCCCUGGGCCAGCACCAUUGCAGUUGACGUGGGCGGUGUCACAUGCAUCUGUAUCAGCGUCGACGAAGCGGACAUGCGGAAUAAGCGAGAUGCCAUCAUGAUCAGACUUCUUGACAGCUGCAUUCAUAUUCUGGCCCAAAAAGGGAUGAAUAGCCUUCUUAUUGACGCUGUUAAAGGAGGAGACGAAGGCUUCCAAUCUAUGGGGUUCCAAAAGGUUGCAAAAUACAGAGAUGUAUGGCGAGACGUCUGAAACUUGCUCUGUACUGGAAGUCUCCGAAGAAGAGCAAUAUCCAGAAAGGUCUUGAGCCAGCAAGGCUGUGUGACGCCAGAACCGAUGCAAGUUUAGAUCC